CAGGACGGCAAUUCUGCAAUGUGGCAGCAGCCGCCGACCACCUGGGACGACUUUAGCCGGUGGGCCGCGCCCGUGCUCAAGGAGACCGCGCCCAUCGAGGAACUCAGCUAUGCCCACUCGCGCUCCAUGACGAUCCUCAAGGCGCUGGAACGCGCCAAGCUUUUGUCCACGCCCGGCGUCCAGCACAAGAAGCACAAAACGACGGUCGCGCCCACCAAGAAGAAGCUCGUGCUGCACAUUGUUGGCGCGGAUCAGCGCGAAGGAACCUCCGUGCCCGCGACGCUCAAGGUGUUUGAGGUGCUGCUCGCUGCCUUUGGAAGCGCGGGCCAGCCCGACCACGGCUACGAAGAACUCGUGCUCGUCCUCAUUGGGCCUAACGUCGAGCAGCGUCUACAUGGCACAGCGUCCACGAGCGCGAUCCCCGGCAGCGACAAGAGCGUCUGCGUCGUGUACGCGUCGGAGCUCUGGUCGGAGCACCUUGCAGGCCCGAUGUAUCUGUCGCCGUCGGCCAUUUUUUGCUUCAACGCUGGCGUGUGGGGCUACGACGAGUGGCUUCCGACGUUUGCGCUCAUGAUGACCGAAGAGCCCAAAACGCCGAUCGUCAUCACGUCGUACAACGCACUCGAGGCGAUCGACGACGCCGACUGCCUCGACGAUUUGGAAAUGGCGUUUGUCUGGCGCUGGCGGCACGAAGUGAACGCAUUCUGGUGCCUCACGCAGCGCGCGACGCAGCACACGCUGCCGGACCGCGUCUUGAACGAAAACCAGUCGUGGCAGUGCAUCGCAGCGACCCCCCACUAACGUGCAUUGGCCUGCGUCGGUCGUUGAUAGGCCAUCAAUAAACGUAUAAACUUUUUCGUGUGUAGCGACGAUAUAUGGCAUGCUUGCAACCCUCGACAUUCGAUACGCCAUAGCGUCAGAC